AUAGAGGACCAGGAUGACUGGAGUCUUUGACAGCCUUGUUUCAGAUAUGCAUUCAAACCAGAUUACCUCCAGCAGUUACCAGCAGCAGCACCACAGCUUGCAUAAGCCCCAGGAAUCUCCCACUCUGCCUGUGUCGACCGCCACGGACAGCAGCUACUAUACCAACCAGCAACAGCACAGCGGUGGAGCUGGAGGAGGCACAGGCAGCAACGGAAGCAGUGGGUCGCCCUACGCGCAGAUGGGCUCUUACCAGUACCACCCGAAUGGCAUCGGCGCAGUGCCCUACUCCACCAAAGCCGGGAGUUACGAUCUGGGAUACUCCACCUCCUACAGCUCCUAUGCAACCUAUGGCACAAGGUCGCCCCCAAUCAACAAUGAACCCGAAAAAGAAGAGGUCGAGCCGGAGAUCCGAAUAGUUAAUGGGAAGCCAAAGAAAGUGCGAAAGCCGAGAACCAUCUAUUCCAGUUUUCAGUUGGCAGCCUUACAGAGACGCUUCCAGAAGACCCAAUAUCUGGCACUGCCCGAGAGAGCUGAGUUGGCAGCUUCACUAGGCCUCACCCAAACUCAGGUGAAGAUCUGGUUCCAGAACCGCAGAUCCAAGUUCAAGAAGAUGUGGAAAAGCGGUGAAAUCCCGGGGGAUCAGCAACGGGUCGGCAGCUCCUCUCCUCCUUGCGCCUCGCCUCCUGCUUCAGCCACCCUCACCUGGGACUUUGCUCCCCACCCGCAGCGAAUGAGUAACGGCGGCGGCGGUGGCGGCAGCGGGAGCAGCGCAGGUUCGAGCCCCGGCACUCCUAGCGGAGCCGCUGCUUUCCUGGGUAACUACUCGUGGUAUCACCAGGCGUCCAGCGCCGCAGCUUCCCACCUGCCAGGAGCCUCCCCGAUCCUGCAGCAAGGGCAGUCUCACCAGCAUCAUCCCCAUCUUCAUCACGCCCAUCAUCAUGCCGCGGCUGUCAGCGCAGGGACUAUUUUCUAACCCCAGUCCGGGCACCCAAUCUACUCUCCAAGGGACCAUCCAGGGUGGAGAAGGAAGAUUUUUUUUCCCCUCUUUCCGGUGGGCAGAGGUGUAUCUUUCCCCCCUCCCCCCGAUGCUUUGGGAAACGGUCCACAAUUCCUUCCCCACCAGAAAGCAUCUCAGCCGCGGCGCCCGCCCGACUUGGUGGUGCCAAAACGGGACAAGCGCCUUGAGACUUCAGCCAAUAAUCCCUGAAGUUUCGAACUCAAUCAGAAUCUAGUUUCCCCCCCCCCCCCCCCCAAAAAAAAAAACACCUCAGCUCAGAAUGUGGUUCACCCGAUCGGUGACUCCGAAGUCGCUGACAACAUUCUUGUUGACAAGCGUGAAAUCCGGGCAAAGCUGUGGUCACACCCUGGUCAAAAAGAAAAAAAACAACAACUCUCAAUGAUUGUUUUUCUCCUUCAGGGUUUUCUGACCACCCGCCCCAAUCACCUCGUCCUAAUCUGUUUUAUAUCGAUCUUUUUAUUUUCCCUACCAGCUUUUUACCUUCUACGUAUCCCGCCUAGUCUGCAGCAAAUAAAGACUUUAAAAACUGUGCACGCGGGGAGCACAGAACCCACUUUUCUCCCAUUUUUCAUCGAAUCGCUAGUGCAAAAUUUCUUAUUUAAUUUUGUUUAUUUUUUUAUACGUUUUUAUAGGUGCCUUUGCUGAUGACCUCAUUUUGAUGUUGGGGGGGAAAAGAUAAAUAAUUUUUAUAUGUAGAUAUUUAAAAUGGAAAAAAAAAAGAAACCCAGCUGUGUUUAAAUUAUCUUUUUUUAAAUGUUUGCAGGACUUUUUCUUCGCAAGAAAAAGAUAUAAAUAUAUACAUACAUAUAUAUAUAUGUUUGUAAUAGAGUUGUUUGUGCUAAUUCUUCCCAACCUCUUUACCUAAAAAGAGGAGGGGCAGUUUUAUUGGACAGGCUACAUUUGUUCAUGUUUUGUGAACCAAUAAUUUUUUUUUAUGACAUCUGUUUUCCCUCUUUUUAUCUCCGGGCAGCUUCCAUACGUUCUUUUGUGUAUUCUGUUUUAUUCCUUUCAUCUUCACUACCACAAAGUACAAGCUAAUGAAUUUUCCCAAUUCAUAGUUGAAAAAACCUUUAAAAACGUUUUUUUUUUAAAAAAAAAUGUACGUUCUUGGUUAUUUAUUACAAAAACCAAACAAAAAAAAAAUCGUUCAAUGUUACUUUUACAAUAUGAAGAGAUUAUUUAAAUAAAUUAUUGUUUGCACCGUA